UCUUUCCCUCGCAAAUUUUAUCCACACGAGAAGGAGCGGUGGCUGGGCGAGGCGCGAGCUCGGAGGCUCCUCCUUGGAUGGCGGCGCAAUGGAGCACCGCGGCGAGGCUGGACCGGUGGGUUGGCCCCUGGCCCCGCAGCUCGCCGCUGCCACCACCGUGCCGGGCACCGGCGCCUACCGUGCCGCCGCGGCGGCGGCGGGCGAGGAGCAAGGGCAGGAUCGGCUGCGCGUCCGUGCCAAGGGAGCUCGCCACGGCCGCGGAGGCGGAGCAGGCCGCGCCGCCGGUGGUCGCCGACGACAGUGAGGAAGAAGGUGUAGCGUGCGAAGCGUGCAGCGGCGCGGGGUGGCUGCUCUGCGGCUUCUGCGAGGGGAAGAAGAACAACGUCAAGUCCGAGGGCAGCCGCGUCUACCGCCGCUGCCCGACCUGCAAAGCCGCGGGUUUCAUCCUGUGCCCGAGAUGCAGGGUGUACAAGUGCGUCACCUACCCGGAGAGCAACGAGUCAUGACGGGCGGCCCUGACUGUCUGAAUUACGUUUUCUUUCCUUCUGAUGACUGCGUUGUGGAUCAUCUUUCAACCAUACAGAUACAGCGCACUCUGUAGUCUGUUGUCUGUACAGUCACAUGCUCUGAAUCUGAAUGCCAGGCAAGUGCUGUUCGCCUUGCGUGGUCUUUCGAAGUUAUCAGUAAGCAGAACAUGGUAUGGUCUUCGGGAGCCGAAUGAUUCAUGCCCAUCUUUCUUAGUCCGUUUU